AUGCUCCCUUCCCAGUCCUUUGCCAACAUCUUCUUCUUCCAGCCACCUGCUUUCCGAAUGAUUGGCAUAGGGCUGGAGGCCAUUCAUGGCUGGAUCUCCAUCCCCUUCUCCUCCACGUUCACUGCGGCCCUCACUGGAAACUGCCUGAUCCUCUUGGCUGUGAGGAGGACCCCCAGCCUGUACCAGCCCAUGUACUACUUCCUGUCUAUGCUGGCCCUCAUCGGUGUGGGCCUCACCUUGUCCACAAUGCCCACCACGCUGGCUGGGCUCUGGUUUGACCAUCGGCUCAUCAGCUUCAAUGCCUGUCUGGGCCAGAUGUUCUUCUUCCACUUCUCUGUGGUGGAGUCCUCAGUGCUCCUAGCCAUAUCUUUUGACUGCUUUGUGGCCAUCUCCAACCCCCUGUGCUAUGCAGCUGUCCUCACAAACAAUGUCAUCAUCAGGAUGGGGCUGGCCUGUGCUACCCUGUCUCUCUUCCCAGUGCCAUUCCUAUUUAAAUGCCUGAACUUCUGCCCUAAUAAGAUCCUCUUAUCCCAUUCAUUCUGUUUCCAUCCUGACGUGAUGAGAAGAGUCUGUGCUGACAUCACCAUAAACAUCCUCUAUGGGUUCUACGUGGUACUGUCCCCUGGGGGCAUAGAUUCCCUGCCCAUUGUCCUGUCCUACACUCUCAUCCUGCCCACGGUCCUGGGGCUGGCCUCUCCCAGGGAGCAUCGGGCCUUCAACACCUGUGCCUCCCAUAUCCUGGCCAUCUUUGUCUUCUUUAUUCCAGGUAUCACCAUGUCCAUGAUCCACCAUUUUGGGAGGCACCUGCUCCCCAUUGUACAUGCCCUUGUUGCCUAUGUGUACCUGCUGGUGCCCCCUGUGCUCAACCCCGUCAUCUACAGUGUCAAGUCCAAGCCCAUCAGGGAGGCCAUGCUCAGGGUCCUGAGGGGGAAAGGUCAGAGUUGA